CAGUAGUACUACUAGUUGCCAUUUCCUCAAGUUUCUCAAUUUUGGAGGGAGGAUUUUGGUCCGUUCUAAUGAAGUUUUCGUUAUACAAAGAAACCAUUGCAACCAUAACUGACACUUCCACGCACCAACUCCUCAGGCUCAAUCGUAAGCUUGCAGAGCUCACUCGCGCAAAGCGUUACUCAGAUGCCCUCCAACUUUUCAUUCAUAUCCACUCAUCCCAAUUUCAGUGCCCCAAACCAGAUCACUACACUAUCUCCACUGCCGUUACUGCCACCUCUAACCUUGCCCACAUUACUUUCGGGAACCAGAUCCACGCCCACGCCAUUCGUACAGGCCUCAAAGCCUUUCCUCAUGUAGCCAACACUCUUCUUUCGCUCUACACCAAAGCAGAAGACCUAAAGUCUGUGAAUUGGAUUUUUGAUGAAGUUGAGAACCCUGAUGUUUAUUCUUGGACGACACUGUUGUCAGCUUAUACUAAGUUGGGGCGUGUUGAAUAUGCCUGCCAGUUGUUCGAUAAAAUGCCUCUCUGUAAUGUGGCCAUUUGGAAUGCGAUGAUUACUGGGUGUUCGAGUAAUGGAUAUGAUGAGGUUGCUAUGCUUUACUUUAGUGAAAUGCACAAGAUGGGUAUUAGGCACGAUAAUUACUCUUUUGCUAGUGUUUUGAGCGUCUGUUGUGUAGAGACUUUGGAUUUUGGGAGACAAGUGCAUUUGUUAGUGAUUAAAACUGGGUUUCUAGGAAGAACUUCUGUUGUUAAUGCGCUGCUUACAAUGUAUUUUAACUGUGGAAUUGUUGUCGAUGCAUAUAAGGUAUUUGGUGAAGCCGAUGCUUUGGUAUAUGAUGGGAUUACAUUUAAUGUGAUGAUAGAUGGUUUAGCAAGUGUGGGAAGAGAUGAGGAUGCUUUGAUAAUGUUCAAAGAGAUGCAUUUUGUUUGUUUGAGGCCAUCUGAGUUGACUUUUGUCAGUGUUUUUAGCUCAUGUACAGUUGCUAGAGUUGCUCACCAACUACAUGCUGAAGCUAUUAAAUUAGGAUUUGAAGCUCACACUGCUGUGAGCAAUGCUGCAAUGACCAUGUAUUCUAGUUGUGGGGAUUUGAAUGCAGCUCGCAUGGUUUUCCAGAGAUUAGGAAAGAAGGAUACUGUCUCAUGGAAUAGUAUGAUAUCAAGUUUCUUUCAAGGGAAUGAUGGCACAUUGGGUAUCAUGGCCUACCUGGAAAUGCAAAGGGCAGGAAUAAAACCAGAUGAAUUUACUUUCGGCAGUUUGUUAGCAAAAUCAGAGUUUGUUGAUACUGUGGAAAUGGCUCAAGCUCUUGUAUGCAAAACUGGGCUUAUCACUAAAUCUCAAGUUUCAAAUGCCUUAGUUUCGGCAUACUGUAAACAUAGGAAGAUGAAUCUUGCAUAUCAAAUAUUUGAAGAUACCAAUUGCAAAAAUUUGGUCUCAUGGAAUACGAUGAUCUCUGGGUUCCUAAUGAAUGGAUUUCCCAUGGAUGGGUUAAAACAAUUUUCCAAGUUGUUGAUGACAAAGAUCAUGCCAAAUGUAUACACCUUUACCAUUGUUCUAAGUAGUUGUGCAUCCAUUUCAGCCUUAAGUCAAGGUAAACAAGUUCAUGGCUACGUCAUCACAUCUGGGUUUUGUCCGGAAACAUGUCUUGGUAAUGCACUUAUUACAAUGUAUGCCAAAUGUGGGGUUUUAGAGUGGUCAUUGAGAGUAUUUGAUGCAAUGAUUGAAAGAGAUACAGUCUCGUAUAAUGCUCUGAUAUCCGCAUAUGCACAACAUGGACAAGGAGAGGAGGCUAUACGUUGCUUUAAGGCAAUGCAAGGCUUUUAUAGGGUCAAACCAGAUCAGGCCACCUUCACAGCUGUUCUUUCCGCUUGCAGUCAUGCUGGUUUAGUUGAUGAUGGUAUAAGAAUUUUUAAUUACAUGGUGAAUGAUUAUGGUCUUUUACCUGGAUUAGAUCAUUUCUCUUGCAUUGUUGACCUUCUAGGCCGUGGUGGCUAUCUUGAUGAAGCUGAAAUUAUUACCGAUAGUAAGCAUCUUAAGGCACAUUCAAAUAUAUGGUGGGCAUUGCUCAGUGCUUGUGCAGCUCAUGGUAAUUUGAAAUUUGGAAGAAUAGUUGCUGGAAUUCUUCUUGAAACUGAGAAAGAUAAUCCUACAGCUUACGUGAUGUUAGCAAAUAUUUAUGCGGCUGCAGAUCAGUGGCAAGAAGCAGCUGACACGAGGGAAAUGAUUAGAAGAACAAGGAUGACAAAGCAACCUGGCUGUAGUUGGAUUGCAUCAUAAAACAACAAAGAAAGCUUCUCUAGGUUGAAAGGGUUUCUUUGAACCAACAUCUUUUGUGUAGAGUAUCUAACCAAGUGUUGAGCUCAUCAUAUUAGUCACAUGGCUCUCGAGAGAGAUUGAUAACAGAACUCCCUAAUUUGACAGGGAAAUUAUUAGGAAACCAUCAUUGUGCCAAUUCAAGAGGAAGUACUAAUGAUGGGAAAUCUUUAAAGUCCUGUAUAUGUAACCACCCCUUAAUGGUAAUUAAUUUAUAUAGAUAUGUAAUUUAUCAUCAUAUUAAUGAACCAAAUCUAGUUAAAGGUA